AGUGAUCCAGGACACUGGAAUCUACCUUUAAAAUCUGGCGCCUUAAGCUGUUGGCCUCCAGCUAGGCUGAGCUGGCCUCUCCCUCUGUUGCUGGAAGACUGGGAGGGAAGCCCGCUUCCUUCUGGCCUCCUGAUAAUUCUACACCUGGACAUAUUAAUUUGUCAUCUCCAGGAUCCUUCCUCCUAGACAUUGAGUUUUAAGAUCUUAGCUUUUUUGUUGUUCUUGUUGUUAAAUUUUUUUUGUUGUUCCUACUGACUUCUAUCUGACAUGAGUGUGGAUCUCCGUGGUUCCCACAGUCUGCCUUGUAACGACGAAGCAGCAAAUUCUGAUGACUCGUCACCAAUGCCUGAAGUUCACGGUCCUGAGGAAAACUGUUGCUCACAAGUUGCUGCUGAGAUGCUCCAAAAAGAGAUCGCCUCUCCUCGCCCUUCCUCUGUGGACCUACCUCGUCAGGACAGCCCUGACUCUUCCACCAGGCCCAAACUGAAGCUCACUGGUCCUGAGUCUGAAGAGGACGCCGAGAAGGAGGACAACAAGGUCCACACCAAGAAGCAGAAGAUGCGGACCGUGUUCUCUCAGGCACAGCUGUGUGCGCUCAGGGAAAGGUUUCAGAGGCAAAGGUACCUCAACUUCCAGCAGAUGCAGGAACUCUCGGCCAUUCUCAACCUUAGCUAUAAGCAGGUUAAGACCUGGUUCCAAAACCAAAGAAUGAAAUGUAAGCGAUGGCAGAAAAGCCAGUGGCAGAAGAGCAACGGUGUGACUCAGAAGGGCUCUGCGAUUGUGGAGUAUCCCAGCCUCCAUUCCAGCUAUCCCCAGGGCUGUCUGAACACAUCUGGAAGCCCUUCAGUGUGGGACAGUCAGACUUUGACCAAUACUUGGAGCUACCAGACCUGGACCAACCCAACUAGCAGUAACCAGACCUGGACCAACUCAACUUGCAGCAACCAGGCCUUGACCAGCCUAGCUUGGAGCAAUCAGGCCUUGACCGACCCAGAUUGGAACACCCAGGUAUGUGUAUGGGUGUGUGCCCUGAGGAGGCCAGAGGCAUUAGAUGCCCCCGGAAAUGAAGUUCCAGGUGUUUGUGAUCCCCCUGACAUGGCUGCUGUGACUCAAACUCCAGUUCUGGAAGACCGAAUACUCAACAGCGAGCCAGGAAAGUGGUUUUUAUUCCUAAGGAACAGGAAUUGACACGGGAGCGCCCCGCCCCCACCCCAAAGCACACCUAGUGUUUCAGCGAGAGCCGCGGGAACCAGAGUCUCAGCAUUCUCUUGUUUUUGUGUCACCUGGGGAUUAAAUCCGGGGCUUCCUGAUUCUGGCCAAGGCUCUUCUUCCCUGAGCUUCACCGCCCACCUGCUUGGGGGAUGCCAAGUGUCA